CUUUUCCAGCGGCCCAUCCGAGCGCAGUGAUGUAACAGCUAGGGACUCCUCCCAUUAAUCCUAGUGCUACGGUCGGCUCUAGACGACUGCUGGACUACUCGAAUUCCCUCUUGCCUUCAGUUGACUCAAUGAAGUCUAGCAUGCUAGAGGAGGCUGAUUUCGUACUACCUGGAGCGGGCGACUACCCGCAGUUGCGUUGUGCCUUUGUUCGCUGGAGACCGCGGUCAACUUGCGUCGGUCGUAGCACGUCUGGAGCUCACCGGUACCCUGAAGGAACAUUUCGACUGUCUCUCAUACUUCUCCACUGCGUCGGCACACACAAAGAGACGUGGCAGCCGACGAUAGAGCAUCUGUUCGAAGCCCUUCGCUCCGAGCCAGAUCCUAGGUUCGCUGUCGUCGAGGCGUGGGCGAUGGAUGCCCCACAGCACGGGCACGCGGCAUCGCUCAACGCACAUGUGUUGCUCGACCUGCCGGACGGGCUCAAUAUGGAGCAGUGGAACGCCCCUCUCAAGACCCUACUGGCCUCCGGCUUGAUUGAAGGCGACCGGGUCGUCGGUGUCGGCCACUCUGCGGGUGCGUUGUCCCUGAUCACGACUACAAUCGGCUACCAGUUGAAUUGCCUGCCGUUCUCCUCUGUAAUUAUGGUCGAGCCGCCGAUGAUGACUCCAGAUAUCGUGAAACACGGACUGGAGAUAGGCUGUCUUCCCAUGAUACGCGCGAUCAACUUCGCGAAGACCCGCAAAGACAUAUGGUCUUCUCGGGACGAGGCGCGGGCGUGGUUUGGCACGCGGUCCCCGUGGCGGCGGUGGGAUCAGCGCGUCUUCGACCUCUUCGUGCGACAUGGCCUGCAUGACCUGCCCACCGCCGCGUACCCAGAGCGCCACGAAGGAGUCACCCUUGCUUGCACGCGCGCGCAAGAUUCAGCAGCGUACACCCGGUUCGAGGAGUGCUACCGCGCGCUCGACAGGCUGACGGAGCUCUGUGCGUCGCUGCCUGUUCAUGCUGUCUUGGGCGACACGCUCGACAUGGUACCUGCCGCCGUGCACGAGGUAUGCGUUAGUGAGAAGGACGGUCGUCGCAUGAAGUCGAUCCGGACGGUGUCAGGUGCCGGUCACCUCGCUGUACAAGACAAUCCGCGCGGCGUUGCCCUAGAGAUAUGGCGCAUCUUGAGAGAUGAUUACGGAGGCCAGGGUGGAACCGCGAGUAAGCUAUGACACCCGUUUGGCACUACGUGGGCAUGGAAUUGGAGCCUUGUCCAGAAUGAUGUGGGAGGUCGGUGAGUCAUGCCGGAGUCGCGCAGCUGUAGCUUGGCA